AUGUCUUCUGAAACAAAGGAAAAGCUGCUUACCUCUAUGGCGAAUGCCAGUUACUAUAAUGCGUCUCCACGAGACCUGGAAAGCUUACACGCAGAGUCCAGACAAUAUCUUUCCAAAGCACAACAUCUCAUUCCAGAAGAACAAUUGCUGGGAUUACUUGAGCAGCACUUUUAUUUGGCCUUGUUGACCUGUAAAGACUCUGAAGCUAAGCUCGUCUUACAGAGGCUGACAGAUCGGAUAACCGAAGAUCCAAGCCGGGUUGCCAUUCUAAAGGCACAAUACAUUGAGGCUACUGACGGGCCAGAGGCAGCUCAAAAGUUUUUAUCGGCACGACCAACUGGUGAUUUGAGAGCCUUCAAACGAAAAACCGUUAUCUUAAAACAAAAGGGUGAUAUUAAAACGUAUAUCAAGGAGCUUCUUCGUUAUGUUGAGGAGGUCGCUCCCAACGAUUCAGAAGCAUGGGCUGAAUUAGCCGAGGCAUAUGUUUCAAUUGGCCAGUAUCCUCAAGCUAUUCAUGCUCUCGAGGAGGUGCUCAUCAGCGCUCCUCAAGCAUCGAACAUUUUUGCCAGAUUGGGCGAGGUAUUUCUCAUUGAAGCUACCACUAGCUCGCCUAACAAGGUGACCAGUGAUCAACUCACUCUUCUGAUCCAUUCCGCCCAGCAUUUCCUACGCUCGGUUGAACUUUCUCCAGACUACAUUCGUGGCUGGUGUGGAGCAUUAAUAGCCUCGUCUAAAAUACUAGCGUGGCCCAAGUUGGCGGCUGAAGAGUCUACAAAAUACACCAAAAUCAGUAAGAUUGCUAAGAAGCAGACUCAGCGACUCAUUAAGACUGCCAAAGAAGCUGCUAUCUCUGACGAAGAUAUUGCAGCCGCAAAAAUUAUCAUAGCCCAGUAUGAGAAUUAA